GUUUCUCAAUUUUUGUUGCCUAAUUUUGCCGCAGACAAUGGCGAAACAGUGCAUUGAAUUGUGUGCGAGUUUCGGGUUCGAGCCGAAAAUGGACAGUGGUGGAGUUGUGGGGUUUUUGUGACCGUGGCGGCGUUUUUGCCGACAUCUGUGUGCGGAGUUGUGCUUAGGGGAGAGAAGGGCCUGUUUAACAAGUGCUACGGUUGUUGAGAGUUUGGAAUGUGGAAAGGAAAAAUGGCCUCUUAUCAGUGCUUUAUCAACAGCAAACAAGAAAUACAAUGCACAAAAAUAUACAAGAGAUAAAAUGCUGCUAUCUAUUCAAAUCAGCUUACUAAUUUCUCUAUAACUUCUCGGAAGAAGCAGAAUGACUUUACCCAGAUCUGGAGAUUUGAAUCACAGACGGUACAAAAGCGGCAUCCGCAGCAGCGCAGUGAGGAGCAGCGUGGUAGCCAGCGGAGGCGGCGGCGGCGGCGGCGGCGGGGGCAGCGGUAGGCUGUGCGAAGUGAGGCGCGCAUACAAAGCGGCCGUGGUGCCGUGCAAAACGGGCCGUCGCAGGGCCCGGGGCAUGAGCAUGGGCCAGAAGGUGUCAGGAGUCAAGGCUGUUAACCGGGAUGCAGCCGCACCCUACAAGCCCGUCAUCCCAAGGGAACUGGCGCAGGAUUUCGCUCGUCCACCGCGGCUGGACAUGCUGCUCGACAUGCCUGCAGCUCUCAGGGAGACCCAACUGAAGCACAGUUGGAACCAGGACGACCGCUCUCUCAACAUCUUCGUCAAAGAGGACGACAAACUGACCUUCCAUAGACAUCCCGUGGCGCAAAGCACGGACUGUAUACGAGGCAAAGUCGGCUUCACGAAGGGCAUGCACUGUUGGGAGGUGUGUUGGUCGACGAGGCAGCGAGGCACGCAUGCAGUGGUGGGCGUCGCGACGGCCGAGGCGCCGCUGCAUUCGGUCGGAUACCAGAGCCUAGUCGGCAGCACGGACACGUCGUGGGGGUGGGAUUUAGGUCGAAAUAAACUCUACCACGAUUCGAAAAACUGUCCCGGUGUGACGUACCCGACUUUAUUAAAGCCGGACGAGACUUUCAUAGUGCCCGAUAAGUUUUUAGUGGUGUUAGAUAUGGAUGAGGGGACACUUAGUUUUGUUGUGGACGGCCAGUACUUGGGAGUAGCGUUCAGGGGACUGAAAGGGAGGAAGUUGUAUCCAAUCGUUAGUGCCGUUUGGGGUCACUGUGAGAUCACCAUGAGGUACAUUGGAGGACUUGAUCCGGAGCCUUUGCCGCUGAUGGACCUCUGCCGGCGCGUGAUCCGGCAGCGCUUAGGCAAGCAGCACCUCGAGGAGAAAGUGAUGAACCUGCAGCUGCCCCAAGCUCUACAGACUUACCUCUUGUACAGAGAUCGCAGAUAAUAACAGUGCUUCUUAGUGCAGUGAAGUGUCGGACAAAAUUUUAUUAUCAUCCGAUCGUGUGUCAGCUGUCAGGUGUAGAGCUAAACCAACCAAAAAGAAUCUAAAAAUUGACGGAGGAAUGUGUCUCAGAGCGAGCGAGAGGGAGAGAAAGUACGACGCGGACGUAUUUCGUUUCGGACGAUUUUUAUUAUGAUUUCGUUAAUUGGACACACUCAAGUCUUCGCGCUAGUUCUAUAUUUGUGCUGUGAAUGGUACGAUUGAUUUCUUUCCUCAUGAUUUCGAUUGAAACAAACAAAUAACGGAAACUUCCUGAUCUCGGGACAAGCCAACUUGAGAGAACAAUGCCAUAAGGUGUACAUAGUUGUAACUCAGUCUUCUUAACUUAUAUUCUCGGCACGGCUUCCUGAUAUAGCUUUACAAAAUAGAUUUUUAAACUUUUUUGGGUCAAGUGUACUCGAUUCGAGGAUGGUUGUAUACAGGGAGCGUCAGCGAAUACAACGAAUCGAGGGCGUGCCUUCGGUGGCGCCCUCUGUGUUGACUUUUGUACAUUCGUCGGAGCUGAAUGGAAUUACACCAAGAUAAUAUUACUGUAUGUAAGAAUAUUAGAUUAUUUUUGUAAAUAUUUAGUUAGUGCCAGUCUCAUUACACCAUAAUUUAUGUCUGAUGCGAACAAUCGACUGCUCUGUUCUAUGAGAUUAAUGAUAAUUUUUAAGAGUGUAUAAGAUUUUUUCUUUUUUUGCAUUAUUGCUGAAUCCGGGCCAUCUAAUGGCCUGUCGUGAGGUUUAGAAUGUCGGAGUGUAUGUAAUUGUGUAUUGUGUUAGUUUUUAGAUUGUUUAUUAAGAAAUUUCAAAACAUUACGUGUUCAUUAGAUAAAUUUUUGCAAUUAUUGUUUUUACUGUUUUUUUCUUUUUUCGUUUUAUGGUUUUAAACAAGCAAAAGUUCUCGAAUCGUUUUGGUGAUAGAUUUCGACCAGAUUUUUUUGGUCUUGUUAGAAUAUUGAAAAUGCAAUGCGUAGUGGCCUGGACUACUAUGAUAUUGAUAAGUAGUAUGUUUUAUUGUAUUCUAAGUUUCGCUGUGAAUGUCCAGGCCUAUAUUUCAGUUACUCGAUGUAUGAUUAUACUAAAUAAUAAUAAGUAAACUCUUUAAACAAA